CCCUGGGAGAGCUGUCGGGUGGGCAUGGCGGCAGGGACACUGAGGGGCAUGGCAGUGGCCGGCGGAGGCGAGAGCAGCGACAGCGAGGAUGACGGCUGGGAUAUUGGCUAUCUCAACAGGUCUUCUCAGACAUUAAAAAGGUUGUUACCGGCUGAAGAGAAGAAUGAAACGUUUAAGAAAGCACUGACUACCGGAGAUAUUUUCUUAGUGAAAGAGCUUCUAGAUUCUGGCGUUAGUGUAGAUUCUAGCUUUCAGUAUGGAUGGACUCCUCUUAUGUAUGCUGCUAGCGUUGCUAAUGUAGAGCUGGUUCGGUUCCUUCUGGACAGAGGUGCUAAUGCAAGCUUUGAUAAAGAUAAGUUAACUAUUUUGAUGACUGCAUGCUCUGCUCGUGGCUCAGAGGAACAGAUCUUGAAGUGUGUUGAGCUACUACUGUCUCGAAAUGCUGAUCCAAAUGUUGCUUGUAGGAGACUUAUGACUCCAAUCAUGUAUGCUGCCCGGGAUGGUCACACUCAGGCCUUAACGUGGGCAGCACGUCAGGGUCAUAAAAAUGUAAUUCUGAAGUUGCUUGAACUUGGAGCUAAUAAAAUGCUACAGACUAAAGAUGGAAGGACACCAAGUGAGAUUGCAAAAAGAAAUAAACAUCUUGAGAUCUUCAACUUUCUUUCUUUGACGCUAAAUCCAUUGGAAGGAAAACUUCAGCAGUUAACCAAAGAAGAGACUAUUUGUAAGCUAUUGGCAACAGAUUCUGAUAAAGAAAAACAUCACAUGUUUAGUCCAUACACAGCAUUUGGAGAUCUGGAAAUAUUUUUACAUGGUCUUGGACUUGAACAUAUGACAGAGUUAUUAAAGGAAAGGGAUAUAACUUUAAGACACCUUUUGACCAUGAAAAAAGAUGAACUUACAAAGAAUGGAAUUACCAGUAAAGACCAGCAGAAAAUUCUGGCUGCUCUUAAAGAACUGGAAGUUGAAGAGAUAAAUUUUGGGAAACUACCUGAAGUGGCAAAGCUGGAAAUCAGUGGUGAUGAGUUCCUCAACUUUCUUCUGAAAUUAAACAACCAAUGUGGCCAUUUAAUAACAGCUGUGCAGAAUAUCAUUACUGAGUUACCUGUAAACUCUCACAAGAUAGUGCUAGAAUGGGCUUCACCCCGAAAUUUUACUUCCGUUUGUGAAGAAUUGGUUAGUAAUGUUGAAGAUUUGAAUGAAGAGGUCUGCAAACUGAAGGAUUUAAUUCAGAAGAUGCAGAAUGAACGUGAAAAUGAUCCAACUCACAUCCCAUUGACGGAAGAAGUCUCUACAUGGAAGAGUAGAGUUUUCAAGAGGACAGCUGCUACAGUCUGCGGAUUUGGGCUGCUGCUAUUCAUUUUCAAGCUAACUUGCCAGAGAAAAUAAUCCUAAUCUUUACUUUAGGUUAUAUAUGUUCAUCUUAUUCAAACUAUCCAAGCAUUGCUUUUAAUCAUUUGUGGUACAACACAACUUUAUUUCUUAGCCCAUACUCCAUAAGAAAAAUUAUGAUACCAUAAAGCAGAGUUUUUCUUUAGAAAGUGAUUCCAUUGAAUUAUAGUUCAUUAUGUUUUAUGUUAAUUUCAAUCAGGCAGCAAAUUAUGGUUAAUUCUUUCAUUUGAAACUGACUAAAAUCACAUGCAAAAUAAACGUUUGGUAUU